AUGAGAGUCUCUUGCAACAUAUCCUCUCCUCAGUUUCUGACGAUAUCCAGUAUGCCGCCUCCUUCAUCAGAAAGCGAAGAUGACACCAGCCAACAUGUCUCCAGUAGCAAGGGACAGUCUGGCCCGACAGUCAUGUAUGCCGCAGCGCCAGAUACACCAGGAAUACCAUCAGACAACUCCCCAUCCAUCUCUGAUCUCUUUCGCGAGAUGCAAGAGACCAACCGGCUUCUCAAGCUCAUGUUGGCCGCUCACAAGCCGGAUGUGCCCGCAUCGCCGGUUUCUCAACUGUCAAGAGAGACCACCUCCAACAGUGACCCGGAUCUGGUCAAGAUGAAAGUUCGAGAGUUGGUCCGUGACAUUGCGCACCAGUCAUUCAGUCCCGCGGACCCCUCGAACAUCAAGAGAUUCAUUCGCAGCUUCAUCGAGGAACGCAUCUCACACAAGCCAAGGGAAGGCCACCAAGGAGAGUAUGGCCCCGGUGCAUACGUCCCCAUUUUUGUAUCAUUACGAGACAACCACUCCGGGCCGCUCACAGAGAUAUACUGGAACUGGGAAAGACCGAACAAGUUGGACCCCGUUCACCGAGUCCUCAUGGACGCAUCUCAGGUCUCUAAUGUCACCAAGCAAUGGGGUUCAAGGUUUGAUCUCGAUGCUUUGACCUUUUCUCACUCUCGUGAGACAGGAUGGAUCAUCGGCAAGAGUCCUGCCCUAGAGGGAGCCAUCAUUGGAUGUCCACUGUUUUACUCUGGCCAAGGGCCAGCACAGAAGCUGGUGACGGCGAGGUCCGUCUUUGACAAGGACUGGAAGCCCAUCGCCUCAGCAAUGGCAGCCCCUGAUCACUUGACCAGCCCCGGCUCGCUGUGGCAUUGCACUGCUCCUUUGCUCGGCGGCGGUUUGAUGGCUCUUGACCGCCUCGCACUCAUAACCGCCGUGGUGUUGAACAAACCCAACACCGAGACCGGCAUCGCCCACCGCUUUCUUCACGAGUUUUGUGCCGGAUGGAAACCUCUUUACCUACGUGGCAAUCGCAUGAAUUACACCGGGUGGUCAGGAAACUCGGACACCACUUACCAACACACCAUCCGCUGUUUCUCCCCCGCCAGCAGGUCUGAUAAGGUCAUUUUUGGCUUGAGGCCUCAUGCGAAAUGUGUCAGACAAUCCGGCCAGUUCCCCUCUCACCUUGCAAGCUCAUCCUCUUCCUUCACCGAACGGAGAAUGAGUCUUCUGUGCCACUGGGACUACACUUAUCCCCCCCAUGGGUUCCGUAUUGUUGCCUUGACCGAUGCUAUGACCAUGCAACAAGAUGGUGAUAUCAAUGUGUCAAAUGACUUGUUUACCGACUGGGGAGAUAGACACUUUGCUGUUGAGGGGCUGAAUGCUGGCUAUCAUUUGCUCCAAAGCAGCAUCCACCGUCUGCUCAUGUUUUGGGAAGCCGAGUGGGGCCACUGUUUGGACGCAUUGGAGAGCAACGUCAACACUUCUACCAGCUCCCGCCUCAUGUUUGACACUUCCUUUGAACGCUCCAGAGUGUACUUCAAGACACUGCAGAUGCUUCGCAUCUUCGCCGACGCCAUUCGGGAAACUGGCCGCGAUUUGCAAGAGAUGGACCCCGAGAAGCUGAUCCAAGGGAGUUUCCGGCGCGCUGGACACGAUGUCCAGGCUUUCUUGAAACAGGACCCGCUCAAGGACAAGGCGCUCUGGAACAACUGGAAGAUUCUGUUCGACUUUCAGCAGCAAACUGAAGAAAAGCUGUUGCGAAGAAUUGGUGAAAAGACGGAGGAGAUUACCAGUUUGAGAGACGGGGUGAGUGGUGGUGAUUGGAGCAACUCGGUAGACGAACCUGUGCUAACGGUGCUGCAGCUGUUCAACGCAACCUCUCUCCGGGAAGCCUCGAGGGCGACUACAAUGAACCGAUAUGUCAUUGUUUUCACCAUCAUGACUGUUUUGUACCUACCCCCUAGCUUCACCUCUGUAAGUACCCCUCCAUGCCAAGCUCUCGCUCAGCAGCUUGCUGACAUGACACAGGCCCUGUUUGGCACCCCACUCUUCGAAGCCGAGUCUCAAGAGGAAACCGUGGAGCGAUUCAAGACAUCAACCAUCAUCGUGUGCGUCAUCACCUAUGUUCUCGCCAUUUCCCUCAUCUGGCUAGCCGACAAAUGGGACAUUGCCGGUGUUGUGUACCAUGACCUACGCACACUGUGGCGGGGCACCACGGACCGGCUGAGACGCAGGGGACCUGAUGGGUGGAGCUUGAGGUCAAAAUCACGAAACUCGAGUUCUGAUGCGUUGGUGGAAGGCAAGCAAGCUGUGUAG